AUGAGUUUUACCUCGAGCACGACCACCGCCGUUUUGGCGUCGCGGCUGUCUUUGACGCGACGCGUUGAUUCGUCGACGAAUACUACGAAGAGUAACAGAGGUUGUCGAAAAGGAUGUUUCGCGCCUCCUCGUUCUUCGUCUUCGGUGGACGAAGCGAGAUCGACAAAGAGCAGAACGGCGAAAGGGAAGAAGACCUCCUCUUCUUCGAGUGGUGGGAAAAAGAAGACGGGAUCUUCUUCUGUGCAACGAAUAAUUCAUACGGAUAAAAUAGUCUCCAAACUGAACGCGGUUUUAAACAAAGACGAACAAAAAAAGUCCUCAAACAAAGACUCCAUCGGGAACAUCGACGAAGAGUUAUGCCCGACGAAAACGAAACCGUGGUCGGAGAUUAAGAAGAUUGCGAAACCGUCGCAAACCGCGUGCGGAUGGGACUGGACGUUUUAUAAGUUGUCGAACUUCUCGAGCGAGGAGAACGCGAGAGAAUACAUGGCGAUUAAACCGGUACCGGCGGUGAAGUACCGGGGGUAUUAUUACGUCGUCGAUCAUCAUCACACGUUGGCGGCGUUAGAGUUAGCCGGGUGGGACGUGGAUGUGACUUUGGAGGAGAUUUACGAGUUCGAGGACGACUUGAGCGAGGAGGCGUUUUGGGGAAUCAUGGAAGGGAAAGGGUGGUCGUUUUGCAGAGACGAGAGUUACAAGAGAAUAGAUUUGAAGGAUUUACCGGAGAAUUUCGAGUUGUCGUCGUUUCGUAACGACGUCUUUCGCUCGUUGGGGGGAUUCGCGAGGAAGUUUGGCGUUCUCAAAAGAGGCAAGUCGUUGGAGGAACGUUUGUUCUUCGAGUUUCAGUGGGGAUACUUUUUUUGGUUACACAGAUCGGACAAGUACGGAUUAUGGCCGAGCGCGGAGUUAUCGAGAGGUUUCGAUAGACUGAUGACCAUGAUUGAAAACACCGACCAGGACGAAUACAUCGACAAACGACGGGACGUGACGGAUAUGAUUGAACUCUCGGAACGCGUUUUGCAACCUUUGUAUUCGGUGUUGGUGCAAUACAUCGGUCCUUUAGCCGCGACGUACGACCAGCUCCCGACGGGCGAAACCAAGAAAGUCCCAGGAUUAAAAACGUUAUUUGGAAGAGACUAUUUACCCGGAGCGGUGAACGAAACCGCCGUUCAAGGGUUGAUUCAUAUCAACUCGUUGAAGAACAAAAAAGUCGUCAAGAAAGUCUUGAAAGAAGCGACGGAGAAAAGCAUCGACGACGUUUGA